AUGUGCCCCUUGUUUGCGACAAGCUCGAGUUUAGUCCCAUUAAAUCGCUCUAGAUUCUUUUCCUUCAGUACAUUUGCGUUUUGGACUGACAUGGCGAACAUGGACAGAAUGUCUGGUGCGGAGUACCUAGCCUCCAUUUAUGGUACAGAAAAAGACAAGGUGAACUGUUCAUUCUUCUUUAAAAUUGGAGCAUGUCGACAUGGAGACAAGUGUUCUCGCACCCAUAUUAUUCCUACCUUUUCCCAAACUGUGCUUCUAAAGAACCUUUAUCACAAUCCUGUCAUCGACAUGCGUCAGGCAGACGCUUGUACGAAGGUUGGCAUGAUGAACAAAGAUGAACAAGAAUAUUUUGACGAGUUCUUUGAGGAGAUUUUUACUGAAGUAAAUGAGAAGUAUGGAGAAAUAGAAGAAAUGGAGGUGUGUGAUAACAUUGGUGAGCACAUGAUUGGUAAUGUUUACGUGAAAUUCGCUAGGGAAGAAGAUGCAGAGAAGUGUGUGAAAGCGCUUGAUAAUAGGUGGUUCAACGGCCAAGCAAUUUAUGCAGAACUUUCCCCUGUUACGGACUUCCGUGAAGCAUGUUGUCGUCAAUAUGAGCUUGGUGGAUGUAACAAGGGCGCUUUCUGCAAUUUCAUGCAUCUGAAACCUAUUUCUACUGAACUUCGUCGUAAACUUUAUAAAGGACGCAGAGGAAGGAGUCCCCCUCGGUAUCAUGGCGGAAGAGAUAGAGAUCGAGAAAUGCGAGGUGAUCGUCGACGGGAUUUCGGCGGUGGUCGUGACUUUGGGGCACGUGAUUUCGGAGGCGGGAGAAGGAGAAGCCGCAGUCCUCGCCGACGCUUUUAA